AUGUCAUGUAUCACGAAGAUGAAUGCUGAUGGAAUCGCUGGUGAUCUUAUUAAUAACGCCAUUGAAAAGAAUGAACCAAAAAAAAAUCGUCUUUUAGAAACGUUAGGUACACUCAUUCGUACAUUGAUCUCUGUCUGGUAUCCUGUCCUCUCAUAUAGUUUGCCUGAAAAUAGUAACUCACAUUUUAUACAUUCGGUACAUAUCAUAAUGGUUGCUCCAACAGGACCUUCUAAAAAAACGGGAAGUACUAGCAAAGAUGUCUUAAUAGAUUUUCUUGCCGGUGGAACAGCUGUAUGUAUUCUUUGUUUUAUGACUUUCGUCGGAAAAGUGUCUGUGGAUGUCAAUCAAAAAAUCGCCGCUGGACGAAAAUACAGAGGAUUUGGUGAUUGUCUUGUGCGUUGCAUUCGAGAAGAAGGACCCAUAUCUCUUUGGCGUGGAAAUUGGGCAAAUGUCAUCCGUUAUUUUCCAACACAAGCAUUAAACUUUGCGUUCAAAGAGCGCUAUCAACGAAUGUUUGCCAAUUACAAUCCAAAAACGGAUCCAUACAAAUUUUUUGCGGGAAAUCUCUUCGCCGGUGGCAUGGCAGGUGCAACAGGUCUACUCUUUGUCUAUCCACUUGAUUUUGCUCGAACACGACUUGGUGUUGAUAUCGGAAAAUCAGUUCAAGAACGGCAGUUUAAAGGAAUGAACGAUUGCAUUGCUAAAAUCUAUAAAGCUGACGGUAUCCAAGGCCUCUAUCGAGGUUUUUCAAUCAGCGUAGCAGGUAUAUUUGUCUAUCGAGCAUUCUACUUUGGCGGUUACGAUGCUGGAAAAAAGUUUUUGUUUGGUGACAAUCCAAAUCCGAAUAUAUUGUAUCGUUUUCUCUUCGCACAAUUUAUUACUUCAUCCUCGGAAUUCCUUGCCUACCCACUCGAUACAAUUCGACGUCGAUUAAUGAUGCAAAGUGGUCGUAAUGAUGUUAUCUACCGAGGAACAUUGGACUGUGCUCGAAAGAUCGCUGUUAAUGAAGGCUUAACCGCAUUCUUCAAAGGAAAUCUCUCCAAUAUGUAUCGUAGUAUUGGUUCAUCAUUAGUUCUUGUUCUCUAUGAUGAAUUCAAACGAUGGAUACUCUUAGCUGGUGAAUCGUCUGCUUCCAAAUAA